AUGAUCCGGGUGCUGGAGUGUGUCAGAGACGAGACGAGAACGACCGAAUAUAUCGUGACAUCCCUCAUCUCGGUACAAGGCGCCACGCCUAGCCAAGUCAAACGGAAACGCGAGGCGAAAUAUGGACAAGCCUGCUAUCACUACAGCUCGGCCAUUCGGGUCAAUAACCAAUGGGCGGCACUGACCUGCCCUCCCGAGGCCGCGACAUCGUCCACUAUCCGAGAGAAGGACUCUCCAGCUUAUUGCCUGUCACCACCCGUGAUAGUGGAGUGGUAUUCCGGCGGCGAAGCCAGCAACGCCCAGCCGGUGCGAUUGCUGUCCAACAAGCAAAAUCAGGCUGCCGGUAAUGGGAUGUGGUGGAACUUGUGCUUCAGGGAACCACUCGCGGCCUUGCCCGACCGCGUCAUCAGGGACAGGGUCGCGGCGGCCAGAACCAGCUCGACAGUCAUGGACGGCAAACAGGUUUAUGACGAUGGCUUGUGGGACACUCCUGCUGGCGGCGAGCCAAGACUCCCCAGGACCCGGGCUUCACCCUGCUGAAUGUCGACCCGUGGAACGUGGCAAAUAAUCCGCGAAGGCAUCAGUCGUGGCCGCAGAAUAAGGGGUAACCUCCAUAGGACUACGCCGCCGGGUACAAGGCGGGUCAGAACGCGGUGGGAGCUGGUUUGCAUUCGAGAGCACAGGAGAGGACACGACGAAAACAUGAGGUUGUUUAAGUGUACGGAUUAGAGUAUAAUUAAAAAUGACGACAGUGGUUGUCGCCGGCGAGGGGUUCGUUUCCAUUUCGUUAACGAGUUGAGUUAUACUCGGGAGUUAUCUUAGGAGAUGUCAUCGAGAUCCUAGUUCGGAUUUUCAGUUCCUUCGGCUCAGAGGCUCUGGGCUUCCAAGCCCAAUUGAAAUUUCAGGACCUUACACAUGUACUUCGAACAAUGGCAGGUGGGGGA